AUGUGGGUGUAGUAAGAGAGAGAAAAAGAUGAUAGAACAAGAUAGAUUACUACAUAUUUUUAAUAGAGCAUUUCCUGUAAUGUGAGAAGCCAUUAAAACACACACUCAAUCAUUGGCAGAGGACAUGGAGUGUCAAAAGUGUAAUGUAACUGAUUGGAUAAACGCUGGAGAGGGCAUAUCUUUGGAACUUACUCAAACUCCUUGGCACACUACUUGUUGGCCUUUGAUGAAGAGAGUUUUUGUAUAACAUGCAGCAUCAGGGUCGUCUGAGACUGAGAGCGUGGCUGGAGGAGCAGAUACAUUCAGGGAAGUAUCCAGGGGUCAGAUGGCUUGACCGGUCGGCACAGAUUUUUCAGAUUCCUUGGAAGCACGCAGCUCGUCAUGGCUGGAGUAUUGACAGGGAUGCCACUCUCUUCAGGAGCUGGGCGAUGCACACUGGACGAUAUGAACCAGGAAAGGACAAACCAGACCCAAAAACAUGGAAAGCAAAUUUUCGAUGUGCGCUGAAUUCCUUAUCUGAUAUCUGUGAGCUGAGGGAGCACAGCAAGAAAAAAGGAACGAAUGCAUACAGGGUGUAUCGGAUGAUGCCAAACAAACAAACCCUUAGGCGCAAGAGAGGGCAAAGAUCAAACAGGUCAGCAACAAACAAAGACAAUGAAAAAUGUGCAACACAGCCCUGGCAACCUGCUAUAAUCAAAUCUACCCCAGACCCAGUGCAAAAAGACAUUUUCAGCAGCACUUCAUCACAUGCCAUGUCAACAGAGGCUGAUGAGCAGGAGCAGAAAGAAGCUGUUUAUAAGUUAAUGGACCAUCUAAAUAACGCCGACAGUUUGAGUUACAUGUGUGAACCCAGAACAUGGAGAACACAUUCACUUGAGAACCACUGGCACUGGCCUACAGAGGAUUUUGGCCCACAAACAGAAAACUACAAUGAACUUUUCCCAAACUAUAUCAGAGAACUCAAUGACUGGUCUUCCUAUCACCAAACAGUGAUGCAGUAAUGUUUUAACUAUAUUCCCCUGGACUACUGUGAUAUGCCUCAGCUGUUUUACCUGCUGAGCUGAGCACUGAAGGAGGGAAACCAGAGAGGGGCACCUGAGAGGUAAAAGUGCUCCGUCAGUCAUCUGCUUGUCAGUCCUGUUUGUGCUGAGUGUAUAAGAAAUGAUCCUCUUCCAAACCAAGCCUCUGUCAUUCAAAUCUUUGGUUCACUGAAGUCACAUCAGGGGUAAAAUUAUGGAUCUGUCAGUACAUGAUUUACAGUUGUCUAAAGUUUAAUAUGUGAGACUAACUUGUCUGUGAUACACAAAUUUGGAUUUUUUAAAUAUUUUAGUUGGUAGCAAGGGUUUUUAUAUUAGUGUGACUACCUCUUGAAAAAGCUGUGGCUUCAUGUUGCCCAUUACCUAUGAAUAGCAACUAUUUAAUGGUCACUGUUCCUACCACAGAAUUUGUAAGAAUAAAAUACAAAUUGAUAGAAAAUUGUGAUUUUUGCUAACACAUAGUAUUUCACAUUCUUGCUUUAAAAUCUAGUUUAAGUGUGCAAAUAUCAUUAAAAUGUCUUGUAUAAUACAAAUAUAUAAACAAAAAAGCUCAGAUCUUUUUGUUUUAUUUUGAAAAUUGCAA